UCUGCCACUGGGGGAAGAGGGCCUUUUGUUUAGAAAAUCGAUUCUUGAAUUCACACAAUAGAGGGCUCACUUCAUAAAUAAAGAUAAAAGUUGCAUGUUCUCGGUUGUUUCAGAAACAAUGUCAGAAAGUACUCAAACAACGGCUGAAGGAGAUCAGGGUGAAAAUGAUGAAAUUGAUGUUGUUUCCAUGGACACCAGUCCAGGAGCCCGUGGAACAGUAGGAAGACGAACAAAUGAGGAGGAAGCUAAAGAUGAAAAUGAGAAAACAGAUCUGAUGGUAAAUGAGGAACAUGAGAUUCCAGAUGUAAAUAUUUGUUAUUGUGGAGAUAACAGUAAAGAGAGUAUCCAGUUGCAGUGUGAAGAAUGCAAAAAAAACUUUCAUUUUGAGUGCCUCAAGACAGGACCUCCAACAUCGUUGGAAGGUGACAGCUUUUUUAAACUGACGUGUUCUAAUUGUGCAUCAGAUGGACAAGAAGAUGUAGAGCGUCUAAGACUUACAUGGCAACAGGUGGUGAUCUUAACCCUGUUUAAUUUGAGUCUGCAAAGGAGCGGUAGGCGAGGGUUCUUCAGAUGGAAAGAGGAUAUUUGUGAUUUUAUUGCUAAAAAUUGGAGUCUGAUUUUUGGUAGUAGACCCAAAAGCCAAACAUGGCAUGGGACAGUUGCAGGUGUCCUGUCCGUAGGGAAUAAACAAUGGUUCCGCUCAGGCGCUGGGGAGUUUGGAGAAUCUGGCUGGUGGGCACUGGUUGAAAAUAAGCCUCCGGUCAUUAAACCAGAUACUUCUACAUUGUCUAAUGCCAAACCAUUACCUGUCAGAAGACCUCGCAUGAUCUUUGACCCGACCAUCAAAGUAGAAGGCUUGCGAAAUCGUAAGAGGGGGUCAUCUUUUGAAUCUGCAAUUGAGUUGAAGGAGAAAAGAUCCAGAACUCAGGAAGCAAAAGACAUACGCAAAGCAAAACUAGAAGAAGUACGAACUCGGAUGAUUGGAGAAUACGAUCUAGAAGACAUCAGUAGAGAGAGCUUCAAUGGCAGUGAAAGCUCCCUUGGUGGCCCUCCCACUAUGCCAGACUCCCCUCCCAUUCUAAGCCUGCUUGGUGGUGAUAACAGCUGUGAUUCUUCUGUCAUGUCUGGCCUGCUUACUGAGAGUGAUCUUGCUUUGGAUGAAAGUAUGCCUUCCGCUCUAAUGGAAGGGGAUGAAGAAGAUGACCUAAUGAGUAUUCCGUCAAGAGCUGUGUCCAGAGUGACUACACCCAUCCCAAGCUUUACCUUAGCACUGCAAACACCAGACCCUCAGCAAGCAAGACGACUUCACAGAGAUGAUGAUGAUGAAUACGAAGGAACCAUUUUCAGCAGGCCGGGUGAAAUUCCAGAGAGCAUCGCUAAGAUAUCAAAGAAGUCAAAGCCAUUAAGUACAGAGGUGAAAAAGAGGAGGGCACCACAGGCUCCAAAGUUUCUGCCAAUGAGCAUCUAUGAAGAAAGACAACUUCUAAAAUUCUUAGAAAAUUGUCCAGAAGCUGUUGAGUUAGAUUUGAAUGCCAGGAGGCUGCGACGCAAGCUGUUGGUUCGUCAGGAAAAACGACAACGAGGUCUCCCUUUACUAGAUUUAGAUGCAACCCUGCAGUCUUACAUGCAAUCAAUCACAAACACAUCAGCUAUUGAUCCGUCAUGCUUUGAGGUUCACAGUCCCAAGCUGACCUCCAAGGCUGGACAGGUCACUCGUUAUUCGUCAGACUUCCGGAUUCUAGACAGGUUCCAGAUUCCUCAAGUAUCAGUCAAGAAUUAUCAGAUGAAGAACCCAACAUUCCGCACUCGCCUUGUUGGCUGCCAAGAUGAGAUAUCUUUACAAAGCAUAUGCAGCCCUUAUACUGCAAGGGUGCUGAAACCAUUUAUUAGAAGAGAUUUUGAAAGCAGACCAGUUAAGCUACGUUUGUUAGAGGAAGUGAUGUCAUACCAGGCAAAAAUAGACCCAACUUUUACCCCUGAUCCUGUAGGGCCUAUUGAUUAUUGUUACGUACGUCCGCAACACAUUCCUUCUGUCAACGCUUUGUGUAGAGAGUUCUUCUGGCCAGGAGUGGACUUGUCAGAGUGUUUACAAUAUUCUGAUUUUAGCGUGGUGGCGCUGUAUAAGAAGGUUGUGAUAGGGUUUGGAUUCAUGGUUCCGGACGUGAAAUACAAUGAGGCAUAUAUUUCAUUUUUAUUUGUUCAUCCUGAGUGGAGGGGAGCUGGGAUUGGCACGUUCAUGGUUUACCACCUUAUACAGACUUGUAUGGGUAAGGAUGUGACUCUUCAUGUAUCAGCAACUAACUCUGCAAUGCUUUUGUAUCAGCGAUUUGGAUUUAAACCAGAAGAAUUCAUCAUAGAUUUUUACGACAAAUACUAUCCAGAAGAAAGCAAAGAAUGCAGACAUGCAUUCCUUCUAAGACUCAAAAGAUGAUCAACAGCAAACAGUGGCAGAUCUAGAGGGUGGCAAAACGGACACCUGUCCCCUCUCAACAGUGUGAAAUCUGUUAAAUAAGACAUAAAAAUGCUUCUCCUCCCAAUAGUGCAAUCCCAUUGUUAUGUAUUCAAAAUACUGGUGAGCAUGGUUGCUAAGCUUAAGAGGAUACAUUUGUGGCACUGCGCACAGCAUUAUUUCCAAGAUAUGCUGCUAAUUACGCCAAGUAACACCAGCACCAUUGUUUAAUCAUCGUCAUCUCAGUGUUUUCACCAACAUCAAUAAUAAUGUUGAAAAGUAGACUUUUCAACAUGCUGUACAGUGUUUGAAGCUGUAGAAUCAGCUAAAUUAGAUUAGUAGACGUGCAUUAUCCAAAAUAAUGCACAUCCAUUUAAAGAUGUAUUGUACCCUGAAAAUGACAAAAAAAAACAUACAAACAACAUCAAACAGUAAAGCUUUGUCUACAACACAAGUGGGCAAAUUGCGGCCCGCGAAAAUGAAUUUAAAACCCUAUGUGUGUGGCCCGCCAAGCAACAUAAGAGAGGUUUCGCACGCAUACGUUUAGCUAUCCAUAACGGUUCAUAGCCAUUUUGUGUUUUUUGCAAUCAACAGCGCAAUUCAAGCAUAGCCUAGGCCUAGGGCCUUUAGGCCUACUAUUAGGCCUAUACUCUGUUCUCUCAUCAUGCUUCUCAAGGUUUUAUUAAUAUAUGUAAGCUUUUGGAAAUUGAAAUUGAAAAUUGUAGCUGAAAAAUACUUCAUUUGUUGCCCAGAAGCAUUGGUUAUUUUGUGAUAGGCCUAGGCCCUAUUGUUUAUGACCCAAAAGCACCACCAAGGUCAAGCACUGACGUUUUGAUACCCAAAAAUGAGACGCAUCUUAUCGUAAUUUGCUGCCUUCAAAUGUCACAAAAAUGGUACGUACGUAUUCAAAGAUACAUUUACGUAAAAUGUGAAAAAAUAAACAAAGAUCCUACUAAAAAUCCACAAUUUCCCUACGCGUUUUUCACUAACGUGUAGUGAGCGAGAUAUGCGUGUCGUCCACACGAUUAGCGGAUAGCAGCCGGCGUAUCCGGCAUACUAACCAUACACGUUUACGUGCGAAACCUCCCUAUUGGCUAGAAAACACAUUGUUUUUUUUUUAUGGCCUGACACCGAACAUAUGUAAAAAGUAAAACAAACUGAGAAUAAAUUGGUGUAAAAUCAGUUCUUGGAAGCACAUUGGAAACAACAAAGUUUGGGUGCGGCCCCUCGGUGUAGACAAAGCCUAACAUACAAAUGAUUAACUUGAGCAUAGAAAUAUUUCAAUGACAUUUUGGAUUCGAAUUAUAGGAAAGUUCAGCUGUAAACUAAUUACAUGUUGAAGUAGAAGUUUUUUUUGUUACUUCAAAAUGAGCAAGUUAAUUAAAAGAAAUUUUGCAUGGGACAAUUCAUCUUUAAUAACUUGCAAACCAUACAGGUUGUGUUUGUUUUGAAAAAUAAAACGAGACCAAAUUAA